AUGGCAUACAAAAUUCGUCCUUUGCCUUCCCUCCAGCAUGGUGUACUCUCUCCCGAAGUUUGUGCCAAGGCAUUCUUUUCGACAACGACCGGCGACACGCUGAGGAACCAUUUCGAGGAGCCAACAGAUGCCAUGAUGGCAAGGAGUUCGUCCUUCCAGUCUAUCUUGCAGCCCACCAGAUAUCAACCUUCGGGGGUUGACAGUGGCAUGAGGCGCUCGAUGUGUACAUACCACUCACAUUUCAUCCAGCGCUCUCUGGAUGCCUGGGGCCCCACCAAUGAGCUGCGUGAGCUCUACAAGCAACAAGCACGUGGGGCAGGAGCCAAUGCCCCGAAGCCUCCCUUGAGCUCGGUCACCACGACCCGUUCCUCCUAUCCUGCCUAUGAUCCCGAAGCGGCCAGCGCAGUGGCGGUCAAGAACCGGAAGCCAAGCGUGGCCGUCCAUGUGGACCCGGGAGCCAAAUUCAUGGAACACCAGUCCGUGCUGCAUCGCGACUUCUCCCGAUUCGAUCGACAGCAGCUGAGGAGGUGCCAGAUGCAAGCCGCGCCGCCACCCCGCGAGGCGAAGCUGGCCCCGCCCCUGUGCCCAGACCAAGCCAGCCGCUUCGAAGGUCUGACCCAAUACCAGCGAGAUUACGCGAGGACGAAGGGAUCCAACAAACUGGGCCCUUUCAGCGACUUCCUAGACCCACGCGUUGGAGCUCUCGCAGGCAGCCAGCUUGAAGAUUCAAGCGAUGGCGACGUGGAGCCUGGCGCAGCACCCCUUGCACCCCCUCUGCCACAAAGUCGUGCGGUCAACGGCUUCGCUCAGAGGGCCGGACACGCGAAGCAAGGAACAGAGAGUCACUGCGUGAUUGACCGGAUAGAGGCCCUCGAGGCGGCCAUGGAAUCAUUGCGAAAACAGCAGGCUGCCAUGGAGCAGAGACACGAAGAGGGCGAGAGCAUUCGUCGCGGUCAGUUUGACUGCUUGUCGCAGCGCGUCUUCGAGGCAGAGAAGUCGCAGCGGCAGGUGCAGGAACGAACUGAUGACGCAAUCGAAAAGGCGCAGGCUGCCUUUCAGAAGACAGCAUCGGAUAUGGAGCAAGAGCGCUCCAACCUGAUGUGUGUGAUCAACCAGGUGAACCAGAACUUCGAGCACCUGUCGCGGGAGAUGUCGCAGCUCAUGGAUGUCGUGAGCAGAGGACAACAGGAGCUGCUUCACGUGCAGCAGGAGGUGGUCGAUCUGCGGGAGCACAAGGGCAACAUGGAUACCGAGAUGUCCGUCUGUGUCCAGAAGUUCGACCGCAAGCUUGAGGAGCUGCAAGCUCAUCACCGGUUGGAGGCGAGCCAAUUCCAGCACUGCAUCAACAUGCAGAUCCUGGAGAUCCAGCGCCAGCUGCGGCCCUGGCCUCAGAGACAAGUUUCGGCGUUGUCAUGGGCCGGGCAACGCUUGUGCAUCCCGAUUUUGCUUUUCCUUCGGGGGGCCAAGUUUCCUUCAUGCUCCGAUCAGUUUUGCGGUUGCGGGUCGUCACAGCCUCCGUACCGCAUUUUUUGCCCAUCCUGGCUGCUGAAUCUUUGCCCAAGCGUCUCGCCUCUGGCAUUGGUGGACACGCGAUAA